AUGGCUGACAUGAGAUGCUUCGCUGUUGAAGAUGGUAGCUGGGAACUCCCUCCACCGUACGAGUCUAUCUCGUCCUCAGGAGGUGCAGAUGGCGACCCGACGAGGAACAAUCUAGCGACUCCUGUGGUCUUUCCAAUAUCCAAUGCUUCUUUCCCAGAGCUGUCGCCGACCAACGAUGGUCGUGUAGAUGUUCAUAUCGGGCCCCGGUUCAGUCGGAAUCUGGAAUGGCUUAUGGGAAACGAAGCCGGCGAGGCGCCGUCCCAGACAGGGAGAGAGGCAGCCCCAUCCGUACCAUGCCCUGCCUGGGAUCUCCAUCUCAACAUCGUCAUCCAAGUUGUAGGUAGCCGUGGUGAUGCCCAACCAUUUGUCGCCUUGGGCCAGGAAUUGCAGAAGUACGGCCACCGCGUGCGGCUGGCAACGCAUGCUAAAUUCGAGCAGUUCGUCAGGACCGCCGACCUUGAGUUCUAUCCCAUUGGAGGUGACCCUGUCGAGCUAAUGUCCUACAUGGUGCGCAAUCCCGGACUCAUUCCAAGCAUAAAGAGCUUGCGGGCAGGCGAUAUCCAGAGGAAGCGAGCCUCCAUGGCGGAGAUUUUAGACGGCUGCUGGCGGUCGUGUAUAGAACCGGACCCGUAUGACAAGGCCCCAUUCGUGGCGGAUGCUAUAAUUGCAAACCCGCCGAGUUUUGCCCAUAUUCACUGUGCGCAGGCACUUGGCAUUCCUGUCCAUCUCAUGUUCACGAUGCCCUGGACGAGUACUAGGGCCUUUCAUCAUCCGCUCGCGAAUCUAAAGUACUCGGGUAACGACCCGUCGUUGGGGAACUUGGUUUCUUAUCAUUUUGUAGAGUGGUUGACGUGGCAAGGUCUAGGUGAUUUGAUCAAUGCCUGGCGCAAAAAUGUACUGGGCCUAGAUCCCGUCCCCACUACAGAGGGGCCAAACCUCGUAGAAGCGCUCAACGUGCCGUUCACUUACUGCUGGUCUCCCGCAUUGAUACCGAAGCCCAAGGACUGGGCAUCUCAUAUAGACGUCUGCGGCUUCUUCUUUCGUGACCCACCGGCCUACGAACCUCCAGCGGAACUUGAUGUCUUUCUGCGUGCUGGUCCUCCACCAGUCUAUAUCGGCUUUGGUAGCAUCGUCAUCGAGGAUGUGGAAAAGACAUUGUCUAUCUUACUCAAUGCUAUUCAGGAGACCGGAGUGCGGGCCAUAAUAUCCUGUGGCUGGAGCAAUCUAGAACGCCGGAAAACUCCCAAUGUCCACUACAUUGGCGACUGUCCGCACGAGUGGCUCUUCCAGCAUGUAGCCGCUGUUGUUCAUCACGGUGGUGCAGGAACAACAGCCUGUGGCUUGCGGAAUGGGAAACCAACUACCGUCGUCCCCUUCUUUGGAGACCAACCAUUUUGGGGCAAUAUGAUUGCCGCUAUGGGAGCCGGCCCCGAACCAAUCCCCCACAAGAACCUCACCGCACGGAAACUGGCUGACGCCAUCACCUACUGCUUAACCCCACAAGCUGUUGCUGUGGCACGGGGUAUAGCAGACAAAAUGCGCCAGGAGUGCGGCGUUCGUGCGGCAGUUGACUCGUUCCACGCGCAUCUCCCACGGCGUAAGAUGCAGUGUGAUCUCAUACCGAGCGAACCUGCAGUCUGGUAUUUUAAGACAGGAAGACGAACAGUCAAGCUGUCCAAAGUGGCUGCGCGAACCCUGAAGCAUCAGGGACGUAUCCAUGGAAAGCAUCUUAAACUAUAUCAAACAAAGCCAUUUACUAUCGACAUCCGUCGAUGGGACCCAUUUACGGCCAUAUCGUCAGCCUCGCUGUCUACCCUCACCGGCAUGGCCGAUGCCACAGCAGGGAUCUUUAUCGAUCCUUAUAAGGAAUACAAACGUCUCCGAAAAUCCGACCGCAAUCGCGACGCCUCCAACCCUGCCACCGUUUCACACCCCCAACUCGCUACACCUGAGACAUCAUCCACGGCAGAAUCAGCAUUAAUAACAAGAACGCAUUCCUCUUCAGAUAUCUUGGACACUGAAUGCAGCUCUGAUGACCCAGACUACGCGCGACAGAUGGCUAUUGCAGCAGCCACCAGCCUAGGGAUCUUUCUCGGCCGUUCCUCUCGAGGCGCGCUGGUAGAUCUACCUCUCGCCGCCGUCGAAGGCAUGCGGGCCGUGCCCCGACUGUACGGCGAAAAAGUACGCUUACACGACCCGGUGAGAGACUGGAAGAGUGGUGCAGGUGUGGCGUGGUCGACCUUCUCUCACGGCUUGUACGAGGGUGUCACUGAUAUCUUCGUGCACACAUACCAGGGGAAGAAGAAACAAGGCGCCAUCGGGGUGGCUAAGGGUCUGACCAAGGGCCUAGUGAGCUUGACAGUUAAGACGGGAGCGGCAACGGUUGGCCUUAUCGCGUAUCCGAAUCAGGGCAUCUAUCGCUCUCUGAUGAGCACCGUACGGAAACGACCUGCAAAGCGGAUUGAGCAAGCAAGAUGGACAGAGGCGGAGUGGAUUACUAGGGCGGAAGGAGGUAUGCAGAUAGAUGCAGCGGGGUUGUGUUGGUUGUACGAUGAGUUGUUGUCUACUAGGGAGACCGCCCGAAGAGGGCGGUAA